CGUUAUAUAAUGCUAAGUCCGCAUUUUACAGUCUAGGUGCAGAUAUUAAAGUUCAAUGAAUAAAUAUAUAUGGUAAAUAUGAAUUUGAUUGAAUUUUUAAAAUGCAAAUAGAAAACAAGAUAGACUUAACAAGAAUAAGACGAUACUCUUACUAGGAAAAAACCAUGGAAAUGUAAAGUAAUUAAGUAUAACACUAGGUGGCCUAUACCUAAAUAAGUAUGUAAUUUAACAAAAUAAUUAAAAAUCCCAUUUUACAAUGUUCGUUCACAGUAAUUUCCGAAACCGCUUAAUCGAUUCAUGUACUACUUCGUAGAUGUUUAUUCGUCUCAUAUCAUAUUACAAAUACUAAUACUUUUAUAGCAAGUACUUAACAACCAUAGUUAUUAGAAUAAUUGUAUGAGAAAACCUAAUUAAAUUUACAUUGCCUUUACAGAAAUUCACGGUUAUUACCUAUUUAUUUGACUCCAUUAGUCACAAUGUGAUCUAUUGGCCUUGAAAUAUUUAUUUACGUCUAACUAGAUAUUUGUCUAUACCCAAUUUGAAACGAAUUUCCAAAAAUAUGGCGUCGUUAUUUAUCAUUAUUUCGAAUAAAUGGCAAAUUCGUAAAUGGGAACUUACGGCCAAUGUUGCUCAAUUAUUGGCGAUAUAUGCAUUGUAAAAGGAAAUAUUAUUACGUAACCAACUUUACUAAUUAGGAACUAAUAAGUAAGAUUUUAUGAUUGUGACAUCAGAAUAUAUGACAAACAUAAGAAAGUAUUAAGUAGGUUUAUCUAUCUAGGUGUAGCCGAUCGUGUUAGGAGGUGACCCUUAACAUAUGACUAAUCUAUCGAUAGAUACGUGUUCGUUAGCACACGUAUGAAUAAGAAUAAGAGGUUGGUCAUUUCUGUAUAAUUUUAUCUCAUGUACGCGGUAGCGAAACCGUAUCAGUCAGUGGAUUACUUUGCCAAUAGUCUAUGAAGACAGAUUAUGCUGCCAGUUUUUAAAUUUAAUUUAAAUACAGCUUUACGAAUAUGUUAGACAGGUACAAUACAAUCGUCGUAUUUAUUUUAAAAGAAAACAAUACGUAAAUCUUAAACUUUUGCGUUGUUUACAUAUAUUUUAAAAACAAUAUUGGGUUUUAACGCCAUGAAAAUGUUUUGCAGGUAAGUAGUACCUAUAUACUGCAUUGUCACGACAGGACCACAGGACAGUUCUGUUUCGACGUGAUGCAAUCCACUCGAAACGUCGCCAAUAAAGAAGCAGCUAUGUAGUUACUAUUUACCUGCAAAGAUUUUUCAUCGUUUUAAGUCCCGAGAGUGUAUUUAAAUCAACAAUUAAUUUGAAAUACCAAUGUAGGAAGUAGGUAGGGAAAGGGAUUGUUAGUGAUGAGGUGUUAUAGUCCCAUUGCUAGUAAUGUACUUUAUCAGGUUGAUCUCCGCUAGAAACUAAUAUUGUUAAUUCUUGUUAAAAUCGUCACAACCGACUUACUGACCUGCUUUCAUUCUCAUCUAUAAGUAUGAUCUUUUAUUGGUGUUCCGCAUCGAUAGUUUGCUCGUUGGAUGGACGUAGUCGUUUAGUGAAAUGAUAACCUCUGCUGUGUUUCUCUGGUGAGAAAGAAGACACAUGGAGUAUCAUAGUUGUCAUUUUCUCUGACAGAUACAAAUAAUACGUAGUAGUUGUUAGUAAAGUGACUUUCAUUGUUUCGUAUAUUAAUAUAUACGAAAUAAGUGGAAAAUAUAAGUGGAAAAUACAAAGGUUUUGCUAUUGGCAAUGCCGUUGUAUACAGCUCCAGUAAAUCCUGCUCGCUGUCCAACGAAUAAAAUAGCUCCACAUCGUCGCGUUCCAAGUCUUGGAAACAACAGAGCACGAACCUUUGGAGGAGCGUUUGUGGAGUUGUUCACUCCUGAUGUAUUACAGAAUGGUUCGCAGAAUAAUUUACAAGAGAGUCCGCAAGAUGAUGAUGAUUGCGGUGAAAUCGAAGAUUAUGAUGAAACAGAUAUUGGUUCAUUAACGUCACAAUCACAAAGGAGAAAUGGUCGGAACGAGAAUCGAUAUUUCUUUGGGCUAUUUAAUAAUAUACCACAACAGCAAGGACCUCCAACAAAGUCAACUAGAGUUACACAGCCGCCAUACACGACAUAUCGACCACAGAAUCAUCGUCCUCAGAAUUCCUACCCUCCAACCAGACCACCAUAUUGGUCUGGAGGCCACUUUGGUAAUAACGUUUAUAGGCCACCUCAACAUUUAAACCCAUCUGAUAAUGUCAAACCUGUACAUGAGUACUCUGAUACUCAGGUGAAUUAUUGGCCGGGUAUUGUGGGUGGAAUUGUUUCGAAUAUUUUUCCCGCCUCUCCAGCAAGACCCACUGUUGGUUCAGAUUUAAAAAUAACGACACCAAGAUCUUUAGUGACUUCACCACACUAUUUUUCGCAAUCGACUAGACGACCAAGACAUAGAGAAGUGAAUAAUGACAACAGUGUAUUAAGAUCAUUUGUACAUUUAUUUUUUUAAAUAAACUGACAUUAUAA